ACUAACCGUGCGUAGACAGGACAAUUGUGUACAUCCAAGUAUCUUUACAAACGCCUUUUGUCCUGGGGAUUUUUCUACUUUCGAAUCCGAUCAACUUAAGUCCACCGGACCGUGUGGGUCACAGCUUUGAGCAUUGCUGUACUGGGUUGCAACUUUAAGAGGGGGAUGUUCCUCAUCAUAGCAGUGAUAAGAAUGAGGAAACACCAGCAGUAGCCGUGAAUGUAAGCACAGCGCAAAGCUCACGAGUCUGUGGACACUCCAGUCCGUGUCCGAGUUCAUCUGUGGACGGCAGAACGUCGGUCACACCGGUGGGCCGAUGGUAGAUUCCUCACCGCCCGUUACCCUGCCACCUGGCAAUGGGGACUCGGGUAACCCAGAGUAUAUUGCCUUUGUUCUGGUGCCUUUCUUCUUUCUGAUGGGACUUCUGGGAGUCCUCAUCUGCCACAUCCUGAAGAGGAAGGGCUACCGGUGUACAACUGAGUCAGAAGAUGAUGAAGAGCUGAAGAUAGAGGAGGUUGAAGAGGAUAAAGAUCCAGAAAAAGGAGAUCUGAAUGACACCUUCAGUGAUGCCAACGCUGACACAGUGGGCCAAAUUGUUAACUACAUCAUGAAAAAUGAAGCCAACUCCGAUGCACUCCAAGCCAUGGUUCAGGAGAGUAUAGACUCAGAGGGUGGCCCUGUGACGCCAACCUCUCCAAACUCACCCAGCAGCCCAGAGAGCCCUGCUCUGCCAGGGUUGCCGCCAAGCACAGCCAAACACACCUGCAACCACCUGCACACCAUCGGAGGAAUGGGAGGACAUAAGAAUAUCUGCAACCGCUGCAACCAGAAAAAAUGGCCUCUGAUGAGACGCUCGUCCAGCAAGAAACUGGAGAGACGCAGUCACUUAGGAGAGGUCACUGUGCUGUCUGUGGGCAGAUUCCGGGUGACAAAGUGUGACCCCAAAUCGGCCCGUGAAAGACGGACAUUGCUGAUCACUGAGCCCAAUGGUAGUGUCCCCUCUUCACCUUCUUCCACUGGCCCCCCUGAACACAGCACAGGACCACAGUCACAGGAGAAAGGAGACAGUGCAAAGUGACAUCUGUAUAGUUCUUCUGCUUCUCAGGUGACAUUUUAAAAAGAUUUUAAUCGGGAAGCCGCACUUCCAAAGAGGAAUUUAGAGUGAAAACGCCUCAAACUGUGAUGAUAGAUGUGGUAAUGGAGGAGGAAAAGAGGAUGAUGAAUGCAAACCCUCCUAUCCGUCAUGUGGCGCGUCGAUCGUGGAAAGACAGCAGAAGCGGUUUUAUAUACAUUAACCUGUCACCAUGCCAACCCACCUUUCUCAAACAUCCUCACGUCAUUAUCAGUGGUGGAUGGCAUCGUUUGUGCUUGUUAAUGGCUAUGAGCGUGUCAAUGGUUAAUCCAGCCUGGCGCCAUGGUGAGAUCUUCGGUAUGUGCCUCUCUGGGCUACUUCCAGGAAGUGGGAAGUUUUGUUCGAAAUUGUUCUUUUUUUUUCUUUUUAUUGAAAGCUGUGAUAAACACUUAAAAACAGAGCCAUGAAACGUCUCACUGGUUACAAUCCAGAACAAACUUUUUUUCUUAACCUGUCAUUGUCUUAAAUGGACUGGGCUUCCAUCUCUUCACUAAAUACAACUUUUCACCUUUUUUUUUUUUUUUUUAACGACUUAAAUUGUUUUGAAAACAUUUUUCUGUAAAUCAAUGAAAUUGCAUGUUUAAUAGCUUGAUCAACCUAGCGCACCUUAACUGACUGGAAGUUUGCUUGUUGAUGUAUGGACGGGUCUGGGUUUAGAGGACUGCGAUCAUUUCACUAGUUUAGAAACACUCCACGGUUUAGAAAUGUUAAACAUUCUUAGUUUCAUGAUUCAGUAUAGCUUGCAUGUGUCCCAACAUCAUUCAGACGCACUCUCAAGUCUAUAACACAUAAAUUAAAUAUAAUGUCCGGCGUAUACAAUAGAUAAGACUGUAUCCUUCACUAUACUUAACAUUAUUGUUAUCUUUGGAAAAAAACUAACAAAAAAAAACUGUGGUAUCUCAAAAAAAAGAGAGAGAAGUGUCCUUGCUUUAGUGCCAACCAUAGGCAAAAAUAAAGGACUUUUAAUAGUUCUGAGCAUUUUAAUCAAAACUAGUUUCCAAUAAAUACAUAGGUUUUUUUUAAUGUACUUUUUUCUUUCAUUAGUAUUUUCAUUAUGUUGAUAUAGUGCCAGGGAUUUAUGUUUUGCCUUGUUUUUGUUCAAGCACUAUACAGGUGAACCUCUGGAUGUUUGAGGUUUUCUAGCUCAAUACAAGAGCUUGUUGAAGUGCUGGAAUGAUUCGUUUAAAUAAGAUGCCCAUAGCCUUCCUGAUUAAAUUCAGAUCAAAUUAUAUUAAACCUAAAUCUCAAUGUGUACUACUGAAAUGGUCACUUCGAGUACCGUAACUUCUGAAGCCCACAAUAAUUUAAGACAUUUAGAAAAUGUGUAAACAGAAACAUUUAUAUAUGGGUUGUUCAACAAACAAAUAAAAUGAGUGAGAAUGUACUGUUAAAUUUUAUUGAAAGUUUUGUACCCAGAGUUUAUACAUUAAAAAGAUUAAACAAACA